UCUGCUCGUUUGUGGCCAUGAUGGUGAGAGAUCAAAGGCGGUCGGCUUCAGUGCGAUCGAAUGCUACGGCGAACAUGGUGCAUAGCGGCGUCGUGAGGGCUGAUACUAGGAGUUUAGGUUGUCGACAGUGCGGAAGAGACCGCACCUCCGCGCCAAGAAUGAAAUGUCACUCUCUACGAAGUAUUCCCCUCGAAUCAUUGGUGCUUCGAACUUUGUCUCUCCAGCUCCAGUAAUCAAUGUCCACAGCACCACGACGUCUCUUGACGAAAGCCUGGUCCUCGGACCUCUACACAUGCGCGGCCUGUCGCCAUUCACGGUUCUUAACGACAUCAGCAUCACUACGGUCAGGCCAUAACAAAUGGUCGACAAUCAAGCACGCCAAGGGGAAGAAUGACGCCGUCAAGAACAAGCAGCGCUCCAUUUACUCGACCAUCAUCGCAAAUGAGUCUAAACUCUACGGAGCGGACCCGCACAGCAACCCACGUCUCGUCGUCGCCAUAUCCAAUGCGAAGAAAAACGGCGUCCCCAAAUCCGUGAUCGAAAGCGCAAUCGCAAGAGGACAGGGAGUGUCAGCAUCGGGCGCCGCACUCGAGUCUAUUGUGGUGGAAGCCAUCUUGCAAUCGUCUGUCGCCGCCGUAAUCGAUUGCCAGACCGACAGCAAGCUUCGGACCCUGAUGGAUGUUCGUCGUAUCAUCAAAGAUCACGGAGGCAACGUCACACCCACGAACUACUUGUUCGAGAAAAAGGGUCGGAUAGUGUUCCAGGAAAAGGAAAGCGUGGGUGUUGAAGAGGUUCUGUCCCCGGCUCUUGACUGUGGUGCGCUCGACGUCCUGGAGAACGAAGACGGAAAAGUUGUUGUAUUCACGGAGACAAAUGACACCAAAGGAACAGCGCGUGCGCUUGCUGCGGAAUUGGGCAUAGAAAUCGAAUCAAGCGAUAUAAUAUGGGACCCCAACGAAGAAACUAAGGUACAGUUGGAGAGCGUAGACGCAGCCAAGAACCUCAGGAGCUUCCUGGACGAGUUACAGGAGGUAUCGGAAGUUCAAGGCGUGUACAUGAACUUGAGCAGAGGUGACUUGGACGAAGAGCUAUGGGCAGACUUGCGGGAUAGAGCGGAAGUGUGAAUGUACAUUUUUGUACAUGUGUACCAAUACAAAUGCAUUUACCCAAACUCCAAAUGAUGCAAUGUCGUAACUCCUCUCUCAUGCGUGUCUGACAAUCGCAACUAUCCUUCCCAUUCCCAAUUGACAGCACUCGCCCUUCCUCGGCUCGUUUCUCGAUGUAAUCGUCCAAGAAGUUCGCGUCUCGGUCCAGGGUGAUCGGCAGGCCCAUCAAUUGACUGUGAUUCUCGUAUCCUAGCUCUCUUCCCCCUGCACAGGUCUUCGCUGAUUUCGCUUCGCUUCCUCCAACCUCUCCUCCCUGAGCGCCAGUCGCCGCGCCUUCAUGCGCUUCAAUUCCUUC